UGUGAACUACAAAUAAAAUACUUAAUGAUCUAAGAAUGAAAGUAUUGGUGGAUUUGAAUGGAUGUGAAAACUAUAGCAUUCGUAUCGAUCGUACGGAUAGUGCGGUUGUGUUGCCCUUCAAUCAGGUCUACAAUGAGAUCCGCAAACAAAUCAAACACAACAUCACUAAACAUAGCCAUGUGUUUGAGAUAUUUGACACGGAUUUCAACGAGUAUUGCGUUAUUCCCAGCGAUGAACACGUGAUUGAAAACCUGUCGCGACUACGGGUGCGGCCGAAGACAGUGAACAACGAGUCCAUAGGUUUAGGCAUUAAUCGGGACUCAAAUGUUGGCCACAAAUACAGCCAUAAAAUACAGUACGAGAAAAAUGAACUCAACUUAAGUGAAAACUAUAUCAAUAAAAGUGAUGACAGUGUCUAUAAUGAGGACCGGAAGAGCUGGACUGCCGGUGGCAACACAUCCCUAAAUAUCUGCAUUAAUAGUGAUAUUAAUAGCCAUUCAGUGCCGGCACCGGAACCCCAAUCAGCGACACCAAAAUUGCCACAAAAAUUAGCCCAAAAUAACGGCAAACCGUUUAACGUCGGGAACGGUAUGAAUAAAAUGAUGAACACCGGGAGUCCGGUCAGUGUUAGUCCACCAUUAGUAGUGCCAAAUGGACAUUCAUCGGCAGCACCCACUCAAGCAAAUAAAUCAAUAAUAUCUACACCUAUACCCUCGCUAUUAACGCCGGGCUCUCACCCCUCGGCGCCCAUCAACUAUCUGGACGUUGAACUCAAUUCAGACACUUUCGCCACAACCGGCAGUUCCCCACACAUGCCAUACAUUACAUUCACUGCAUGUGUGGGCACUGUAUGGGUGAUCGGUAUUAUGUUUGUGGAUGACGAGCACCGGGCGUUCAUACAGUUAAUGCAUAUAUUAUCAAAUAACGGCGGUAAUCAUCCGGAUUUUAUUGUCAAACAAAUGGCCAAAAGUGGUUUCGAUGACUGGGAUUAUCACAAGUGUUUGAAUUACUUUUACAAUGCGUUGGAAUUGUAUAAAAAGACUUUGGCCAACUGUCCGAACCGGGAGACGGCGGCCACCGUUUACCCCCUGUUCAACACAAUGGGGGACCCAUUUGUGCCCUAUUUUCUCAUGACUACCAAAGAGUACGCAAAACUCAACGAAUUGAAGCGAUUGUUUGCCGCGAAAUGUGACGAAUGCCUCACCACUACUGUCCCCACUAUUAGCGAAGCACCGGUAGCUGUCAUUGUGGCAGACAAUGGGUCGGCCUGUAAUCGCACACCCGAAUUGACACAGACUAAUACAACUGUAUUUAACACCGACACGAGAUUAAUUGCUGCUAAUCCUAUGGCAGCCCCAGUAGACCCACCGGGUUGUAGCGAUCAGAACCACAUUGACUACUUGGCACUACGCGUGACGGGCAAAAGUUUUGUGACAAACACCAGUUCCCCGCAUUUGCCGUACGUGACGGCCAUUGUUAAGGUUAGGGACGUAUGGUAUAGGAUCGGGCAUUUCGCCAACGCCUAUCAGUUGGCCCUCAACCGACUGUUACAAUUGGUGGACAAACACCGGCCCACCGAUGGUAGGCCUAUGACUGAUGUCCAGUGGGUACGCGUGGCGGCACAUAUGCCCCCAAUCAGGGAUUGCAAUGAACAUGAAGUGGUGUUUGACCCGAAACUGUGCCAAAACUAUUUGCAAAACGCAAUGGACUUAUAUAAAAAGACACUAGAGGUGUGCCCAGACAUGGAUAGGGCCGGCACAGCGUUUCCCAUGUUUUAUACGCUACACGUGUUUAGCCCGAAGUCAGUGGUGUCGGACGCCGAGUGCCGUGAAAUCGCACGUUUGCGUGAAUUGUUUGCGCACAGGUGUGGGACAGGAGAGGCAUAUAUCGGUGGCAGUGAUGGGCCACCGGUGCCGACCCGACACUGUAUUGAAAGUGUGCUAGAAAUCGCACCGGUAUUACUCGAUACACUCGUAACAACACUAACCACAGGGUCUUCAUUGCCGGCCCCUUCAGACAGUGUUUCGGUCUCUCGCACACAGCCUAUGAGUGCCGAUCACUACUGGCCUAAUCACUCGGUAGCAGUUAAUGAACUUGAUGAAUUGCUGUCAAUAUCGGCCAAAAUCACCCUGGCCGAUAUAUUUCCAUUCGCACACCUGUGCCGCAGUGUUGCCGAAACGGUCAAAACUGUGGGUCCGUUGAUUAUUGAUAACCAGGAGUUGUUUUGGUCGCACGUAUCGCAGCUAAUGCUGGACACCGGUUACGGAUCACUCAAUAAAAGCAUUUACCGGCUCUUGUUUACCGAUCACGUGACCAAAUAUUAUGUGAUUGUAAGCUUUAAAGUAUUUCCCGGAAUAUUCGGAAGCGGUUAA